CUUGGGUACUGCAGCGUAUAAGUGUGUUUCUAUUGACAUGCUGCAGCAGAUGUAUAAUGCCAUCACAUGGAACCAGCAGUAUUUCAGGAAACGGUCGCUGUUAGGCAAUAUCAUUGUAUAAUAAAGCCCCAUAUCUUUUAAUUUGAUCUCAUUGUUAGAUAAAAUGAUUGAUAAGUUGGAUAAUGUGAAAUUGACGUCACACAAUCCUCCAGAUAGAGGACGUAUCACUCAGUUGGAGUUGUUGGGACAACAAAACCACUCAUCACUAUCAUGAAGUUCUUUAAUCGACUUCAAUUCAUAAACCUGGAUCUGUGACACCUUCAAGUAGGACACGUCAAGCAUCAGAGGCUGUGGAGCUAAUGUUGUCUCAAUACCACACGCCCGACAUCGAUGCAGAUCACUUUGCUUUUAUUGGUGCAGGUUUAGAAAUACAGAUUUCUGCCUCAAUCCCAAUACAGUGGAGGUGAAAUUAAUUUUAUAUUUGGUCCUCCGUGUAUGAACAUCCCCCACUACAGCAGACACGGACCUCUACGGAUUCACCGUUUGUUUUAGAAAGGUGAAUGUGUGUCUCUCUCCUCCUCAAGGACCUAACUGACUCUGACCCCGAGCCGUCCACUCUUGAGAGGCUGGGGGCUGGACCUGGCUCAGGAUUCAAAUGGGAGAGCAGUCCUGUGAAGGACGACCCACAUUUCCAUCACUUCCUCCUCAGCCAGUCUGAGAAGCCAGCAUCAUCAAUGGAACCCAUUAGCAAGCGGCUGAAGAUCAUUGAAGAGGACUCGGGGUCCACAUCUAUCCAAGCAGCAGACAGCACAGCCAUCAACGGCAGCAUCACACCCACAGAUAAAAGGAUAGGGUUCCUGGGUCUGGGGCUGAUGGGUAGCGGUAUCGUUUCCAACCUGUUGAAAAUGGGUCAUGUUGUCACAGUGUGGAACCGCACAGCAGAAAAGUGCGACCUGUUCGUCCAGGAGGGGGCCAGGUUAGGCCGGACUCCUGCUGAGGUGGCUUCCACGUGUGAUAUCACUUUCUCCUGUGUCUCUGACCCAAAAGCUGCCAGGGAUUUGGUUUUGGGGGCCAGUGGAGUGCUGCAGGGAAUCAGGCCAGGCAAAUGCUACGUAGAGAUGUCCACUGUCGACCCCGAGACCAUCACAGAACUCUCCAAGGUGAUCACAUCACGAGGCGGCCGUUUCCUGGAGGCCCCGGUGGCAGGAAGCCAGCAGCUCUCAAACGAUGGGAUGCUGGUCAUCCUGGCAGCUGGCGACAGGACGGUCUACGAGGAUUGCAGCAGCUGCUUCCAGGCCAUGGGCAAGACCUCCUUCUUCCUGGGGGAAGCAGGCAAUGCAGCAAGGAUGAUGCUGAUCCUCAACAUGGUGCAGGGCAGCUUCAUGGCCACCAUUGCAGAGGGGCUGACCCUGGCCCAGGCCACAGGCCAAUCACAGCAGACCUUCCUGGACAUCCUGUGCCAGGGCCAGAUGGCAAGCACCUUUGUGGACCAGAAAUGCCAAAAUAUUUUACAGGGCAACUUUAAGCCAGACUACUAUUUGAAACAUAUUCAGAAGGACCUGAGGCUGGCCAUCUCCAUGGGCGACAUGGCCAACCAUCCAACCCCAAUGGCUGCAGCGGCCAAUGAGGUGUACAAGAGGGCUAAGGCACUGGACCAGUCAGACAAUGAUAUCUCUGCAGUCUACAGGGCCUACAUUCACUAGAGCGAGGUGGGACCCAUCCUCCGGACCACACAGUCUUUAAUCCCUUCUUAUUUCUCCCUUGUCAUGUAAUGAGUUUUUAAAAUUUUAUUUUAAAUUCCAGUGUUUGUUUUUUUUUUCUUCAUUUUGCCACUUUUCAUUUCAGCUGCCCACAAGUCAUGGGGUUGUUAUUCCUUUGUUAGAGGCAACUGUGAGCAUUGCACUGACUGUACUGGGGAUAGAUGCUGUGCUCCAGAUGAGGUUGUACUACUGCAGUUUGGUUUCUGACAACUGAAAUAUGGUGGAAGAGAUGCAGAGCGAGGCUGAGGGGUCCACAGCCACUGUGAACAGCAGGGUGUCCAGCUCAAGCCAGAGAAAAUGCUGUCCGCUUUUGUGGAUGCAUAAACCCAAAAUAUUUUUUGUUGUUCAUGUGCAAAUGAGUAUAUUCAAUUGAGUGUGAUCUUUGCUUUUCUUUUAAAAUGUCCAGAAUUCCAUGAGAGAAAAGAACAUGCCACUGCAUUGCCUUAAUAUUGUAACCCCUGAAGUCUCAAUCCCAGUAUUUAUUUGUGUUUCUUUCUAGGUCUUCUUGCUGCAGUUUGGCCAUGGCUUGUUGCUUUAUUUGACAAGAUGAUUUAUGCUUUUGCGUUAUUAAUUUUUCUUGAAUAGGUUAAAGACAGAGCAACAGAUGUGUUGAGGCCUUAAAAUGCAGUAAUAAUUGAUAGUUCACAUCAAGGCUUGAGAUUUACACAUUUGAAACUCUUCGUUCUUGUGUUUGGAAGAGUUCUCAUUUACACUUUAAAAAAAACUAUAUAUCUCUAAACUUAGAUGAAUCCACUUUUUGAGUUCCAUUUGAACUGAACUUCAUAAUUCUAACCCUAACAUCAGUGGUGUUUUUACCUGGUAGUUAGGGUGUAGACCAUCAUAAGACACGAUUAGAAACCAAGCUAAUGAAAGAGCUGCAGGUGAGGUAGUGGCUCUGGACAGGUUCAUUCCCUAACAAGACUGAAACUGAACUUGUAGAAUAAAUACAACCUCUUGAGCUCCACAGUCAGUAGCUGGCUUUAGUUGGAAUGUAAUUAUUGAUGCACUGUUGCAUCACUCUAACCCUAACACACACACACCUCCCUACAGUUAAACUGUUUGGGUAAAUAUGGAAAUUAAGUAAAUGUCAACAUGGACUCUGUCUUAUUUAUUUUUUACAGCAGGUGGUCACAUGCUGGGCUGAUGUUCACUCUGAAGUAGAGGUCUUCACAAGUUCACUCUUGAGUAAAGCUGACCGAUAAGUUGGCCACAUAAACCUCUAUAAGGUCAUUGUGUACAUGUGCUGAUGCCUAACGGAUACUAAAGACCAACCAUACGUUUCAGGUCACGUAGAGAUCGUGUCCUUACAUUGAGUUGGUUUGUACACUGUAAAAUGUCCCACUCACUAGUAUACCCAACACAAUGCUCCAAUAAACUCAUUUAAAGGAUUGUUGUUGAAAAAACAUGUAUUUUGUUCAGAAGAUAUUAGCGGAAUUUUCUAAUAACAUUUGUAACUUUUGAAAUGCUCAAAUAUCAGUACCUGCCUCAAGAAUUCAGUAACGGGUUGAGCUCUACUGGGUCCAGAUAAUGUCUAAUCUGGUCAGACUGGGUCCAGUUCUGUUACUGCAGGUCUCGGGUCUGUGAGCCAGCAUGUCUAAUAUCCACAUGGAUCGGAGCAGACUCCAUUCUGCUAUAUCAUUCUUAGUAAAUGUGAAGGACAUGAACAGUGGCAUCUAUUGAAUGCUCUUUUUCUUUUAUUUUCUGCAUGUUUCUUCUGAAUCAGGCCUAAUUAUCAUUUAGUCCAUAACAGUGGGUGUCUCUCAAAACGAGUCUGUGCAUGUUAGGGUAGGGUAGUUUUCUGUGAAGACCUCUACUACGUAGUCUCUCAUACCCUACAUAAGGAUGCAGAUGCAAAUGACAAUGUCCAACAUAUGCAACAUAACAUUGGCACGGUUGUGCAUACUCAACCAGAGGUGUCGUAUAUUGGAGAAGGUGAAAGUGCAGAAUUCUUAUAGCUGUCUGAGUUGUGAUAGAAGAGGACCGCUUUAAUCUGUUGAGUCUUCAUUCCACCACUGGAAACAGAUCAAACACCACGUGUGAAGUCAUAGCUCAAGGCUUCUGUGUUAGCUUAUUUGUAGAGUACGUUUUGGGUUUUAUGUUGUGUUCAUUUCCUUUUAGAUAUGACCAAUCUUACAACUCCUUAGUGCAAGAAGGAUGUGGGUAUUAUUUUGGGGGUCUUAUCUGUUCCACAUGGUGAGGAAGUACGUGCAGACGUGGUCAAAUAUUACAGCACAUCUAUAUCGUCAUUAGAAGGAGCACAUCAGUAGUCCACCUGGGACAUGACCGAGUGAGACGCCAGCAUUCUGUCCUCCACUACAGUGUGACAGGAAGCAGCACAGUGCUCCAUUUCAAAUUCUCAUUGAUUCUCAUGGUGGUUUUUAUCAGUUUAAACUGUAUAUGAAUACAUUUGUUUCAUGUCCAGAAUCCAGCGUCCCAUUGUGAAAGAUUUUUAGUUUGCCAAACAAAUGAUAAAGGUUUUUGAUUUCGGCGCCCCUUACACACGGUCGUGUAAAGAAGAGUUUUUAGAAGACGGAUGUAAAUAGCACAUUUAGUUUGCAUAGGGUUUCUUUUCUACCUAAAAUAACCAGGAAUAAUGGAAACUACUGCUUUUGGUUUUGACUCUACAGAGGGACUAACAUCUUUGUGUCUUUAUACUGUAGAUUGUUUAGUUCAAGUGUAAAUGGUUUAUUAAUGUGUGGUUUAUAUAUUCUGGCUUACUAUCGCAUUGAAAUAAUGACUUUGAUCCUGUUAAAGGAAGGAGGGUGGAGCUUUGUUUUGGGGGAUAUUUAUGAUUUUUGUGUACAUGUGGAAGUAUCAAGACUUUUGUGCUGUUUAAUAAACCCUCUCCUAAUUA